AUGAGGACGCCACCUGCACAUCUGGCUGUGCUGCUGCAUCUGAUGGGGAUCUUCAUAAGAGACCCUCAGGUCUCCUGUUUCACAGAGAUCUCGCUUGACAUGGCCCCAAACUCCGUCGAUGACCAAUAUGAGGGGUGUGCAGAUGGCGCCAGGCUAGAAGACCCCAUCUACACUGACUUUGCCAACAAUGAAACGUACGCCAAGAUCUGGCAAGAUGCAAAGUCCAAUUUGAGUCACAUGGCCCAUCCCUCUCUUCCCAGUGACUUUAAGCCAGAGUAUGGCAUUGCAAUCUUGACUUACACUGAUAACCAGGUGUACGAAGUUUUCAAUGAAGCUGUAAGAAAUGGUGGUCAAUCUCAACAGUAUUACUACAGCAAUUUCACCUUCAAGAGCUUUCACUUUCUCCUGACCAGAGCCCUUCAGGUCCUGAAGAAGACCACUAAGCCCGAGUGCUACACAGUGUAUCGUGGGGUACGCGACAUCCGCUUCACCGUCUCCAAGUCCCAAAAGAUUGUUCGUUUGGGGCAAUUUUCUUCCUCAUCACUGACCCGGAAAAGUGCCUUGAGGUUUGGAAAUGACACCUUCUUCACCAUCUACACCUGCCUUGGGGUCUCCAUUGAGAACUUAUCCUUGCAUCCUGAACAGGAGGAGAUUCUGAUCCCACCCUAUGAGACGUUCACUGUCAUAAAUUCCACAGAAAAAUUCAUUGCACUCCACCACAAGGGAAGUCACAGCAACUUCAACUGUGGAUGUAAGAGUGCUGCUGCAGGUCUGAGCCGGUUCUCUGCUACCCUCCCAACGCCUGUCCUGGUCGGGGGAUUUCUUCUCCUUGCUGGGGCUCUCGGGUCACCCAGCAUCUUCUGACUGCAGCAUCAAAAUCAAAACUCUCUGCACCC